AUGGCUGGGGGUGUUUAUAUUGAUGAUACUGGAGUGAAACAUUAUGAGGCUAGAGUCACUUUCUUUGUUUUAGUGACUUGCAUGGUAGCGGCCACAGGUGGUCUCAUCUUUGGUUAUGACCUUGGAAUUUCAGGAGGGGUGACCUCAAUGGAAGAAUUUCUCAAGUUGUUCUUCCCAUCAGUUUAUAAGAACCAGAAAAAUAAAACUGGUCAUGAGAAUAAUUGGUGCAAAUUCGACAGCCAGCUUCUGACACUGUUUACCUCUUCCCUUUAUCUUGCUGCUUUGGUAGCUUCCUUCUUUGCCUCUGCAAUGACGAGGAAAUUUGGUCGAAGAUUGUCCAUGUUAUUAGGAGGUUUUAUUUUUUUCCUUGGCGCUAUCAUUAAUGGUGCUGCUAGGAAUAUUGAAAUGCUUAUCGUUGGACGUGUGCUUCUUGGUGUAGGCGUUGGAUUUGCUAAUCAGUCCGUUCCCGUUUAUCUAUCAGAAAUGGCACCUGCAAAGCUUAGAGGAGCACUCAACAUUGGCUUUCAGAUGGCAAUUACAAUUGGGAUUCUAAUUGCAAAUCUAGUGAAUUAUGGCUCGAACAAGAUCAAGGGUGGAUGGGGUUGGAGACUUUCCUUGGGCCUUGCAGCUGUCCCUGCAACAAUAAUGACUGUUGGGUCAUUUUUCUUGCCAGACACUCCCAAUUCCCUCAUUGACAGAGGCCACACUGAUAGGGCCAAAAAAAUGCUGCAAAAAAUUCGUGGCACUAACAAUGUGGAUGAGGAGUUCGAAGAUCUUGUUAGUGCUAGUGAGGCUGCAAAGGAAGUAAAACACCCUUGGAGGAACAUCACCAAGAGAAGAUACAGGCCUCAACUUGCCAUCACCUUCCUCAUUCCGUUUUUCCAGCAGCUCACUGGCAUUAACGUGAUUAUGUUCUAUGCCCCCGUCCUGUUUAAGACUAUUGGAUUUGGUGAUGACGCCUCUCUCAUGUCUGCAGUUAUAACCGGUGGAGUCAAUGUCCUAGCCACGUUUGUUUCUGUCUUCUCAGUUGACAGGUUCGGUAGAAGGGUUUUGUUCCUUGAAGGUGGCGUCCAAAUGGUUGUGUCUCAGAUUGCUGUCGGUGUCAUUUUGGGGUUGAAAUUUGGUACCGAUGGUGAAGGAUCCUUAUCAAAAGGCUACGCUGACUUUGUUCUCUUCUUGAUUUGCGCGUAUGUGGCAGCAUUUGCAUGGUCAUGGGGUCCCUUGGGAUGGCUAGUACCAAGUGAAAUCUGCCCUCUAGAGAUCCGAUCCGCAGGGCAAGCCAUCAAUGUUUCUGUCAACAUGUUCUUCACUUUCAUCAUUGCUCAACUUUUUCUCUCCAUGCUUUGCCACAUGAAAUUCGGCCUUUUCUUCUUCUUCGCUGCAUUCGUUGUUACAAUGACUAUUUUCAUAUUUUACUUUUUGCCUGAGACAAAGAGCGUACCGAUCGAGGAGAUGAAUAGAGCGUGGAAGGCACAUUGGUUUUGGGGAAAAUACAUUCCUAGUGAUGCUGUUCAUGGCCACGGCCAUUGCUCACCUAAUGUUUGA